UACAACAACCACCACUGCUGCCGGUGCUCCUGUUGCUACUGCUGCUGAAACUACUAUUGCUAGCGUUGCGUAUGUGAGGGGUAACAUGUUAAGCACACCCUGGUGAAGAGCAGUGUGUGUGUCUGAGCUGCCUAGUGAUCCUCCUCCUCGCUCUUAUCAUCAGGAAGAUGUGGGGAGCCUCGCUGAUGGUGUUGGCUGUGGGAGUGUUGGUUUGGGUAGGAGCUGCCACCGUCACCAACACCAACUACAAAUUAUUGCUUGAUAUUAUACUCGAAGGCAAUGUUGUUGCUGUUGCAGGGGUAGAAAGCCGAGUGACGUGCGGUGCCCGGUGCUCCUCGACAUCAGGCUGCCAGGUGUUUAGUAUUGAGAAGACGGCCGCUGCUACCUACUGCACCGUCUACGACAGUAUCACCGAUGCAUUCCAGGCGUCUGGACUGGGUAUAAAACACUACGUCCAGCUGGAUUUUGAGAACAACAUAAACACCCUCGUGGCCUUGAAUACCCCUACGACGACCACCACCACUGUGCCCAGCGUGGUAUCGGGUUUGGUUAGGAACGAACAGAGUGAAUAUAACAAUGCGUGUCCUGUUGACAUGGGAAUUGGAGCAGUUAUCCUGGAGAAGGGAUCGGAAAAGCAAGGGAAGAUCUAUUACCUUGACUGUAGGAAGUUUCCAGGUUUUUCAAUCGGAACCACUGAAAGCCUACUUCUACCGAACCAGACGUGCCCAGCCAAUACUGUGAUGGCGCAGAUAUUUGGUUAUGAUUCAGGGGGAAGUCUAAUGAAAUGGCAAGAACCUGACUCUUUGAAAUAUGUGUGCAAGGAUGUAGUUGGCUGGACGGUAACCUCCACGUGUCAGGAUUUGACGGUCGCAACUGGAAACACUUGGAAUGGAGAUGACUUCGCCGAUGUGGUUGAAACAGAGUGGGAUUAUUUCUUCAACUGUGCUGAGAAUUAUUUGGUCGUGAAGAUGAUGAUUGGCAAAUAUGAUGAUAAAAUGAUGUUCACUGCGGUGACCUGUUGCCUGGUGACACCUCCUCCUUGAAUCCUUCCACUUCAGUAACAGGUGAGAUGGAGGAGAACCAGAUGAAUAGGUAGAUGGUGAGCUUCGCUGCUUUUUGGUGACUCCCUCCCUCACAGUAACACGUCACCGUGACCCCCUCCAUCAUAUAAAAUAGAUCUCAUGAUUCAAUUUUGAUAUUAUAGAGAAUGCCAGUUGUCAUACUAGUUUCGUGCUUAUUAUAGGUCAUUGUGUAGUUAGGUACAGCUAUAAUUGGUAAAAAAAUAGUAUAAUUAUGUAAACUGUAGGAAUAUAUGAGAACUGGUGUCAUAAUAGCAUUUGGUCAUCUUCAAUUUUAUGAUUGUUAAUCCCUUAUUGUUUCUCAGUAAUUGUGAACACACACACACACACACACACACACUACGAAAACUUAGGUCACUUGGGACA